CAAAUAAAACGUUACUGCAAGAACCCAGGAAAAAAGAUUAAACGAAAGGGUGGAGAGAAGCUCAGAAAGUGAAGAACUGAAUGCGUGCGUGGAGGGGACUGGGGAGCAAUGGCGAGGAUUCCUGGCUUUGUCUUCGCGUGCUAUGCAGGGGAAGCACAAUUGGAGUCUGCUAUGGAAGAAAUGCUGAUGACCUUCCCACCCCUGAUAAAGUAGCCCAACUUGUUCAACUGCACAAUAUCAAAUAUUUAAGGAUCUAUGAUUCCAAUAUUCAGGUUCUCAAGGCCUUUGCCAAUACUGGAGUAGAGCUCAUGAUCGGAGUACCGAAUUCCGACUUACUGCCAUUCUCCCAGUUUCAAUCCAAUGUGGAUACGUGGUUAAAGAACAGCAUCCUGCCUUACUACCCUGCCACAAAGAUUACAUACAUAACCGUUGGAGCUGAAGUCACGGAAAGCUCUACCAAUGUAUCUUCCCUUGUUGUACCUGCCAUGUACAAUGUCCUUGCGGCUCUGAGAAAAGCUGGUCUGCAUAGGAAGAUCAAAGUUUCCAGCACUCAUUCACUUGGGGUCUUAUCUCGGUCAUUCCCUCCAUCAGCUGGGGCUUUUAAUAGCAGCCAUGCCUUCUUCUUGAAACCUAUGUUGGACUUUCUUGCAGAGAACCGGUCCCCAUUCAUGGUUAAUACUUAUCCUUACUAUGCUUAUCGGGACUCCCCAAAUGUUUCUCUGGACUAUGCUCUGUUUGAGUCUUCAUCAGAAGUUAUUGAUCCAAACACUGGAUUGAUUUAUACAAACAUGUUAGAUGCCCAGGUAGAUGCUAUCUAUUUCUCACUGAUGGCUUUAAAUUUCAGAACAAUAAAAGUAAUGGUUACUGAGACAGGAUGGCCUUCAAAAGGAUCAGCCAAGGAGACAGCUGCGACUCCUGAUAAUGCCCAGAAAUAUAACAAUAAUCUUAUUCGCCAUGUUAUCAAUAAUACAGGAACUCCAGCAAAGCCCGGAGAGGAGGUUGAUAUCUAUAUAUUUUCAUUGUUCAAUGAGAAUAGGAAACCCGGGUUGGAAUCUGAGAGAAACUGGGGUUUGUUUUACCCUGACCAGACAAGCGUCUACAGCCUGGAUUUAACUGGAAGAGGGGCUGUGGACAUGACUACACAUGCAAACAUUACAAGUUCUAAUGGUACUUGGUGCAUUGCUUCAUCUACUGCUUCAGAACUAGACUUGCAGAGUGCUUUAGAUUGGGCUUGUGGUCCUGGGAAUGUUGAUUGUUCAGCUAUCCAGCCUAGCCAGCCUUGUUAUCAGCCUGAUACAUUACUCUCCCACGCAUCAUAUGCCUUCAACAAUUAUUACCAGCAAAAUGGAGCUACCGAUGUUGCUUGCAGCUUUGGAGGUACAGGGGUGAAAACUAAUAAGAACCCAGGCUAUGAUACCUGCGUGUACAUGACUUCCGGUAACACUAGUGCUGCAAGUAAUGCGACAGUAGCAUCUCCUUCGACUUCAUCUUCAGUCGGGCACAGAAUUUCUGCAUGGUUACCUGGUUGCGUGCUUAUGAUUAUACUCUUGUUUCGAUGAUUCUUAGAGUUGUCUAAAGAGGCAGGUCUCAAAAACUUGCUGAGGUUUUGCAGAUAUUACACCGAUCUUUAGUGGAAAAAUGUAUUUAUUGCACAACAAUCUUGUCUCUUGUACUUGUAGAUGGCCUUUCCCCCAAAGUUUUGCAGUAAAAGGAACUAGUAUGGCAUGCAUGAUUUGUCAAUUCUUGGGGGUAUGGUAAUUUUUUGUAGAUUUGUUUGAGAAUGCACAGAUAAUUGAACCAAGAGUAGUGAAGGUGUAUGUUCAUUUGUUAUUCAUAAUUAGUAGUUGAUUUUGUUAA